AUAAAGCCUCCGCUCGGUCUCCGUUCAGACACAGACAAAUUUCUCGCUCCCCACUGAGCUGCACCGGGGGAAUAAAAAGGAUAUUUACCCUCCGGCCGACCGACCACUCCGCCCACGUCCGACUCCAACCUGCUGCGAUGUGCAAAGGACUGGCGUCGCUGCCCACCUGCUGCUUGGAAAGGGCCAAAGAGCUGAAAGCAAUGCUGGGAAGCGUUUUGCAGAAAUCCAACUGGAAUCGAUCCUGCUGCAAGACAGGGAAAAACAGGCCCACGCUGGAGGAAUGCCUCCGGUGGAAAGAGUCUUUUGAAAAACUCCUGUCCAGCAAAUACGGACUGUGCGCCUUCACGGCCUUCCUGGUGUCCGAGUUCAGCGAGGAGAACAUCGCGUUCUACUUUGCCUGCGAGGACUACAGGACGACCAAGUCGCCCGGCAAACUGCCGGCGAAAGCCCAGAAGAUCUACGACGAGUUCAUCGGCAGCGACGCUCCCAGAGAGAUUAACAUCGACCACGAAACCCGGGACAUCACCAGGGACAACAUGCUGGACCCCUCGCCGUCGUGCUUCAACAUGGCCCAGUACAAGAUCUACAUGCUCAUGGCCAAGGACUGCUACCCUCGCUUCCUCCGCUCGCCGGCCUACGGGGACCUCGUGUGCCAGGCCAAACCCGGCGACAGGGCCGCCACGCAGCCGCGACAGGAGAAGGCGGCGUGAAGGAGUGGGGGCGGGGGGGGCGUUGAUCUCCCUCCCUUCCCUCCCCCCCUCCAAGUGAGCCGAUGAAGGAUUGUUAGCUGGUGGCCCCCUCGAGGGGUCGUGAAGGCAAGCAAAGCGAGACGUGGCGCGCCGGGGCGCUGCGCCGGGACGCGGGGGCCGCUGUCGAGAGCGGCGGCGGUGGAUUCUGCGGAUGUCAACGCUCGCUCGCUCUCUCUCUCUCUCUCUCUCUGUGUGUGUGAAGAUGAGGAAGGAUGGAAGAGGACAGGGAAAACAGAGCAGAGGUUGGAGGUUUGGCGCCUUCAAGUGGACGGCUGGUGCGAACGCGGACGGACGGCGUCCGGGAGAGUCCACGGACAGCGUGACAGGCUGAGUCCAGGUCCAACCGCACGGCGCGAGAAAGUGGGAAAGGCACUUUUCUUUGACGCACACGUUCGUGGUUGCGACGUGCAGAGUCCUCCUGUCCGACUGGUGCGCCGUGUGUGAACAGGCAUGUGCUUGGUGAACACGUAUUCAUGUGCUUGUAAUAUAUUUCUUGCAUUUUUCUUCUUUUUUUUUUCGGGACCAAACGACGACAAAAAAAAGCAAAUGCGCAAUUUAAUUUAUAACAUUUACAUAUUUAUAUUUAUUGUUGUUGUUGUUGUUUUUUUUACCUGCCAGCAAAUAAACUAAAUUAUUUGAAACGUG